UGCGACCUGUCUCCCCCGCAGCGAGCCGAGCACCGGGCGCACGGCCGACGCCCGCCGACGGCUUCCGCCUCGGGCUCGUGCGGGCUGGGCGGGCUUCGGCGCCCGGUGUCCUCCAGUCCUCCGCCGCAGGACCCCUCCGCAAGAGGGCCCUCGUCCUUCAUGGCGUCCUCUGAAAGGACCAUGUCGGUUCCGCCCUCUAAACACCCCUCGUGGCUCUUCUCCCUCGGACUGCCAUGGCCUUGACUCUUCCCCGUCACCUCCUCAGUGCGCCUUCCGCCUCCACCGGGUCGCAGUCUCUCUGGCCCGCGUUCCCUCGGGCUCCGCUGUGUCUCCGGGUUCUCCGGCCGCGGCCCGGUUGCCCGGGCGCUGCCCGUGGCUGCCGCCAGAGGGCGCCGUCGGUGGCGGCGCGCACUCCGCGGGGCCGCUCCUCUCGCCGCCCGGGCCUCGCCCCCUGCGCUCGCGCCGCCGGAAGUGGGAGGUGCCGCGCGCGGGCCGGCGCUCGACCCCUCCCCCAGGCUCGGCCGCCCCCCUCCCCCCCUCUCCGCCCGCUCAGAGUGCAGAUGGCGGCCCCUGAGGUAGCUGGCCUUGGGGCCAGUGCCCCCAGUCCUUCGGAAUCCUCUGUUUUAUGUGCUUCCAAGUCAGAUGAAGCUCUACCAGAUGGCCUAAGCCCCAAAGACUCUGCCCAGAAACAGAAGAACUCGUCUCCACAGAGUGUAAGUAGCCAAAUGAUAACCAAGGAGAGGAACAGAAAUGCCCAUUUGGAACACCCAGAACAGAGUCCUGGUUCAUCAAGUGAUACUUCAGCAGCGCACCAGGAGGUUUUAGGAGAAAACUUGGUAGCCACAGCCCUUUGUCUUUCUGGCAGUGGGUCUCAGUCUGAUUUGAAGGACUUGACCAGCCCGGCAGGAGAGGAGGGGGACACGAGCCUCCGGGAGAGCAUCCAUCCAGUCACUCGGCCUCUUAAGGCAGGGUGCCACUCAAAACAACUUGCCUCCAGGAAUUGCUCUGAAGAGAAAGCCCCACCAGCCUCCAUCCUACAGGAAGGUAGCGGGGACACAGGCUUGGAUUUCCGACCUGUAGUGCCUCCCGCAAAUGGGGUUGAAGGAGUCAGAGUGGAUCAGGAUGAUGAUCAGGAUAGCUCUUCCCUGAAGCUUUCUCAGAACAUUGCUGUACAGACUGACUUUAAGACAGCAGAUUCAGAGGUAAACACAGAUCAAGAUAUUGAAAAGAAUCUGGACAAAAUGAUGACAGAGAGAACCCUGUUGAAGGAGCGUUACCAAGAAGUCCUGGACAAGCAGAGGCAGGUGGAAAAUCAGCUUCAAGUGCAAUUAAAGCAGCUUCAGCAAAGGAGAGAAGAAGAAAUGAAGAAUCACCAGGAGAUACUAAAGGCGAUUCAGGAUGUGACCAUAAAGCGGGAAGAAACCAAGAAGAAGAUAGAGAAAGAAAAGAAGGAGUUCUUGCAGAAGGAGCAGGACCUGAAAGCUGAAAUUGAGAAGCUCUGUGAGAAGGGCAGAAGAGAAGUGUGGGAAAUGGAACUGGAUAGACUCAAGAACCAGGAUGGUGAAAUCAAUCGGAACAUUAUGGAAGAGACAGAGCGGGCUUGGAAGGCUGAGAUCCUGUCACUAGAGAGCCGGAAGGAGUUGCUGGUGUUGAAACUGGAAGAAGCAGAAAAAGAAGCAGAGCUGCAUCUGACUUACCUCAAGUCAACUCCCCCAACCCUGGAGACAGUUCGUUCCAAACAGGAGUGGGAGACCAGGCUGAAUGGAGUUCGGAUAAUGAAGAAGAAUGUUCGUGACCAGUUUAAUAGUCACAUCCAGCUAGUGAGGAAUGGAGCUAAGCUGAGCAGCCUUCCUCAGAUCCCUACCCCAACUCUGCCUCCGCCCCCGUCAGAGGCAGAUUUCAUGCUUCAAGUAUUUCAGCCCAGUCCCUCUCUGACCCCUCGGAUGCCCUUCUCUAUUGGGCAGGUCACAAUGCCUAUGGUCAUGCCCAGUGCAGAUCCUCGCUCUUUGUCUUUUCCAAUCUUGAACCCUGCCCUUUCCCAGUCCAGUCAACCAUCCCCACCUCUUCCUGGCUCACAUGGGAGAAAUAGCCCUGGCUUGGGUUCCCUGGUCAGCCCUCAUGGUCCACACAUGCCUCCUGCUGCCUCCAUCCCGCCUCCCCCAGGCUUGGGCGGGAUUAAGGCUUCUACUGAAACUCCCCGGCCCCAACCAGUAGACAAACUGGAGAAGAUCCUGGAAAAGCUGCUGACUCGGUUCCCACAGUGCAAUAAGGCCCAGAUGACCAACAUUCUUCAGCAAAUCAAGACAGCACGUACCACCAUGGCAGGCCUGACCAUGGAGGAGUUAAUCCAGCUGGUAGCUGCACGGCUGGCAGAGCAUGAACGGGUGGCAUCGAGCACUCAGCCACUUGGUCGGAUCCGGGCUUUGUACCCUGCUCCUCUGGCCCAAAUCAGUACCCCAAUGUUCUUGCCUUCUGCCCAAGUUUCAUACCCUGGAAGGUCUUCACAUGCGCCACCCACCUGUAAGCUGUGUCUGAUGUGUCAGAAACUUGUCCAGCCCAGUGAGCUGCAUCCGAUGGCUUGCGCCCAUGCAUUACACAAGGAGUGUAUCAAAUUCUGGGCCCAGACCAACACAAAUGACACUUGUCCCUUUUGCCCAACUCUUAAAUGAUGGACCCGACUGGGGAGGAAGACAAGGAGAAACCGAUGUGAACAGGAAACGCGGGUUCAAGAUUUCUAAAACUCUAUAUUUAUACAGUGACAUAUACUCAUGCCGUGUACAUUUUUAUUAUAUAGGUAAUGUGUGUAUAGAAAGUCUGUAUUCAAACGUUCGUAAUGAAAGUAUGUAUAUAAUGCAGAUAUACCCUGUUCCCCCUCAUCUUGCAGUUCUUUUUGGGGUUGCAGACUGUAGGGAAUAUGACGUUUAAUUUGGCCUUGAAAUCAUGAGCCCUGCAUAGGAUGGUUGUCUAACCCAUUUUAGAAAGCUGCUGUUGCUCUAAGGCUAUCCUGCUUUGGUUUGGCUCAGCCUCUAGUCCAUUUCUGUAAGGCUCAUGUAUGCAGAAUUGAAGCCUGGUGCUCACCUGCUGUCCAACCAGAUGCCUUGCUUUGCAGGGGCCUCCAGAAGCUUUGGUGUUGUUUUAGCCACUCCAAUGAUAAAAUGUUACUGAUUGAGGGGGAAAAAUGUAACUCUGAUAGUUUGACUUUUUUCAUUGAACAUUUUACUGUGUUAAUGCUCAUUAUUUAUACAUUGAUAUCAGGUAUACAGGAUAUUCUGUUUUAUGUCAGUAAAAUCCACAGUCCAAGAACAUAAUCAGGUUCCAUUUCUCCCACCAUCUUCUGUCUGUUCUAUUUCCUGGAGAGAAAAGCACAAUUCACAGAUUUUUCCCUGGGCCUGGCAACUGUCCCUUGUCACUGGCUUGGCCUCCACUGAACAAUGACAGGCCAGCCUUGCAAAGUGCUCACCCUUCUCAUUCUUCUGGUCUCCUAAUCUAGCUAUCCUCUCCUUCAAAGGUUAAGGCAGUUGGUUCACAACCAAGUUGUUUGGUGACCUUGGGUGAGCUCCAGACAGGCACUGGGGUGAGAUGUCUGUGCAAAAUUAUUUGCAGAAUAAUCAUGGGAUGUUUGGAUUUUCAUUUGUGAAGCGAGGAAGUUAUUGGGGACACAUUCCCUGACUAGGAUAAAAUGGAGACAGUGAGAUGAAGAGGGUAGGACUUGACAGUCACAGCCAUGCUCUGUAGAUUCCCAUCUGGAGUGAGAUGGUUUUCCACCUCUGCUUAUUGAGUACUUCUGGUGUUUAUGUCUGGGACAUCUGUGGCUCAGAGAACCUUGAGUCUUUUCCAAUCUUUACUUUUACUCCUAUAGUAAAUGGCUUUAAUUACCUUCUUUUUUUUAGAAUUCAACAAGUGUUAACCAAGGAAAAAGAAAUUGGGUCUGGGGGAAGGGCAACAUUAUGUUACCGGCAAUUGAUGUUUUCACAUUCUGGAACUGGGAAAUGCUUGUUGAAUCUAGCAAUUUGUAUUAGGACAGCAAAGACUUUCUCCUUUCUGAGCUAACUAAAUUCUUUUGUUUUUUUCUUCCUUGCCUAUGAGCUUAUGGAUGAACUAUUUUCUUUUGCCUUAGUUGUCCAGGUUGAUUGACAAGCAUAUUUAGGGAACUGGAUUUCCCAGGAUUACCUUGACGUCUUAAAAGGGGAAUGGAAUGGCCUGAGUACUCAACUUUUUAGAGGUCAGGUGACCUACUUUCUUUGGUUAAUUAAGUACUUCUAGAAGUCUUCUUGUCUCCAGUGUGGUACUGUCUUGAACAGAAAAGGUGACAAAAUGGAAGAUGACGACUUCCUUUGUUCUUUUCAUGUGGGGGAUUCAUUUUCUGUCUUAGAAUCUUAAGAUUGUUCUCUCCCUUCAACUGUGCAGCAGCCUGGCACUGGCUGUGUAGAACCUUUCAGUGUCCCCUGAAAACUGUAAAUUGGAAGUGUGUAUAAAGAAUAUUGUGUGUAGCCAAACAUAGUGA